AUGGUAGCUCCGGCUCUCCAGAACUGGAAAGCAACUCUGGAUGACCAAACCCGUAAGCUUCUUUCAUCAUGGGUCGGGUCUAACCCAUGCAACAACUGGGUCGGCAUUGGCUGCAACAACACAACUCAUGUCAUAAUUAGCAUCAAUCUUGAUCGUUUUCACUUACGAGGUACACUCGAUUAUCUUAACUUCUCAUCUCUCACAACUCUCCAAAGUUUGAAUCUUUCCACAAAUCAACUCACUGGAUCAAUCCCGUUACAACUCAGUGAGUUAAGCUCCCUCGAGAGUCUCGAUCUCUCAUCUAACGGUUUCAACGGUCGUAUCCCAUCUUCCUUAGGGAACUUAACCCUAUUGUACUACCUUAACCUUCACGAAAACUCACUCUCUGGCCCAAUCCCGUUUCAACUAGGAGGCCCAAAAGACCUUCUAGACCUUCGGCUUUCAGUUAACCAUCUCACCGGUUCAAUUCCGAGUUCUUUUGAAAACUUCACUCGACUCGAACGUCUUCACCUUCAUAGCAACCAGUUAACAGGUUCCAUUCUUCCCAAAUUGGGAAACCCAGAAACACUUAUCGAUCUCCGUCUUUACUACAACCAUCUAACAGGCUCAAUCCCGAGUUCUUUAGGAAACUACACAAGGCUUGUAUCGUUGUAUUUACAUCAAAAUCAACUAUCGGGUUCGAUUCCUCCGGCUUUAGGACAACUUAAAUCGCUUCUUGAUUUGGCAUUAUCGCUUAACAAUCUUACGGGUUCGUUUCCCGAAGAACUAAACAACGUAACGGAAAAACUGGAGACAUUAUCGCUCGGAAGCAACAAGCUAUCAGGACGUUUACCAAACCGUAUAUGCGAUCGUGGGUCGCUCCAGAUAUUCACGGCAAACAGCAACUCAUUCUCGGGUCGGAUCCCGAGUUCGAUCAGAAACUGUAGUAGAUUGUUACGACUCAGGCUCGAUGGGAACUGGAUUACAGGAAACAUAUCGGAUGUUUUUGGUGUGUAUAAUGACUUGGAGUAUGUUGAUAUGAGUUAUAAUAAUCUUUAUGGAGGGGUAUCUACAAACUGGGCGAAGUGUCGUAGCCUAAUGGCUCUCAAGAUGUCUAAUAAUAAUCUUUCUGGAGUAAUACCCGACAAUCUUGGAGACUCUCGGUUGCAAGAAGUUGAUCUUUCAGCGAAUAAGUUAACUGGGGAAAUCCCGCCAAGUUUAGGAAGAUUAAGUUCGUUGCUCGAUCUUUUUCUAGAUGAUAAUCGUCUUUCUGGAAGCAUCCCUCGUGAAUUCGGGAAACUUAUGAAUCUUGGAAGAUUGAAUUUGGCAAAAAAUGCUCUCAAUGGUGGAAUUCCAAGUGAAAUCGGUGGCUGUAUAAGGAUGCGGAUUUUGAAUUUGAGUGGGAACGAUUUACAGGACACGAUUCCAGUUGAACUCAUGAGGUUGGCUGAGCUUCAAGUUCUUGAUGUAGGUGACAAUAGGCUCACCGGAGGACUUCCACGAGAGAUUGGAGGUUUGAAAAUGUUGGAAAUUUUGAACAUCUCACAUAACAAUCUCACUGGUUCAAUCCCAUCCACUUUUGUUGACCUUUUGAGUUUGAUCACUGUCGAUAUAUCAUACAAUCAGUUUGAAGGUCAGGUUCCUGAUAUCCAUGUCUUUCAAGAAGCACCAUUCGAAGCAAUCGAAAACAACAAAGGUUUAUGUGGUAAUAUCACUGGUUUAAACAAUUGCCUUACGAAACAAAGAACUCGCAAAAACAUCCGAUCUCUUCUGAUUCUGAUUAUACUUCCAACCGUGUGCUUCCUUUUUCUCUUGAUAGCCGGAAUCUUGUUUUUCCGGCGAUCAAAAGAGAAGAAAAACGAGCCACGGGAGUCUAUAAACCAAUCUCCUUUCGCCAUCUGGAGCUACGAUGGGAAAAUGGUAUAUGAAACUAUCAUUGAAGCGGUUGAAAACUUCGAUUCCAACUAUAUAAUUGGGAUCGGGGGUUGUGGAACAGUCUAUCGAGCCGAAUUACCAACCGGUGAAAUAGUCGCUGUGAAAAAGUUUAACACACAAGAAGACAACGAGUUGCGGGAUGUUAAAGGUUUUGAGAAUGAGAUCCAUGCAUUGACCGAAACACGACAUGUUAACAUCGUGAAGCUUUAUGGCUUUUGUUCGCAUCCACGACACAUGUUUUUGGUGUAUGAGUUCAUAGAUGGUGGAAGUUUAAGAACGAUACUAAAUGAUGCCGAAAAGGCCAAAGAAUUUGAUUGGUGCAAGAGGUUGAAUGCAAUCAAAGGUGUUGCGGAUGCGUUGUCGUAUAUGCAUCAUGAUUGUUUGGAACCGAUAAUUCAUAGAGAUUUAUCAAGUGGUAAUAUUUUGUUUGAUUCGGAGUAUAUUGCUCACUUAUCGGAUUUUGGCACGGCUAAGUUUUUGAAGGCUGGUUCGUCGAACUGGACUUCUUUCGCAGGAACUUACGGUUAUAGUGCUCCAGAACUAGCGUAUUCAAUGGCGGUGAACGAGAAGUGUGAUGUCUAUAGCUUUGGGGUUCUGACACUAGAGGUGAUAAUGGGAAAGCAUCCAGGAGAUUUGACAAUGUCAAGGCUAAGUGUUGAAGAGUUAUCAAGACAUGUUGUUCUUGACCAACGACUUGUGCCACCUACAGGUCAAGUUGUUGAAAUUGUGAACGACGUUGUAGAGCUUGCUUUUGCAUGUUUAAACACCAACCCUCGCUCUCGUCCAUCCAUGCUACAAGUUUCUAUAAAACUGUCAACAAUUAUAACUUUUAUAUCUAGAUGA